AUGUCUGACGACGAAGCCGACCCCGAACUCCUGGCCCUCCUCCGGCAGUAUUUGGGCCUGGGUGGACAUGAACACGCCACCGCACCACCGUCGACGGGCGUCUUAGAGUCAGCGGAAUACAUCUACGACAACGCCAUCGACGUCGCCAUCUCCAGCACCGGCACCAAGAAAGCAGCAGAACACAUCUACCGUCUCAUGCAAUCGAAAGGCUACUCCACAGGGACCUGGUCAACACAUGAGCUGCAUCCCAAACUGUCCGAAACCGGCGAAGAGGAGACGGUGGAUUUCAUAUUUACCAUGAACCUGCUGAAUUUCUCCUUUUGGUCCGAGCUGCCUGAAAGUGAGAGGUUCGCAGUGGAGUACAAGGGCCGGAGGUGGACGGGAUACUGGUCUCUCAUCGCGGCACUGCAAAGAGCCUUGAAUGAAGGGUAUACGAUCACCAGUCCGGACUUCUGGCAGGACCGUGAUGCUUGUCCGGAUAGUGUCUUUGAACACAUCUUCCGGUCCUCCACGCAGGAGCCGAUACCUUUGCUUAAAGAACGGAUCGCCAUCCUCCGCGAAGCCGGUUCCAUCCUUUACGAGCACUUUGGCUGCAAACCAACGAACAUCAUCCGUCGCGCGAACGGCUCCGCGUCAGGCUUGGUGAGCAUACUGGUCGAAUACUUCCCCAACUUCCGGGACGUUGCCUGUUUCCAGGACAGGGAAGUGCGUCUGUACAAACGCGCGCAGAUCCUGGUGGCAGAUCUCUGGGCGUGCUUCCAGGGCACGUCCUACGGCGCCUUCUCCGACAUUGACUCGUUGACCAUGUUUGCCGACUACCGCAUCCCGCAAAUGCUGCAAGGACUGCAUUGCGUGAUGUACUCACCCCGGCUGGAAUCAAGGAUCUCCCGUCAGGAGAUGCUGAAGACCGGGGCGGAUAUGGAAAUCGAAAUCAGAGGGUGCAGCAUCUGGUGCGUAGAAUUGAUUAGGAGGGAGAUUCUGAGAAAGCAUCCCGAGGCCAAAGGAAAAGUCAAUGCCAUCUUGAUAGAUUUCUUCUUGUACGAUACGUGUAAGGAGAUGGAGAGGGGCGGUGAGAUAGAGGAGUUAUUGCCACAUCAUCGCACAAGGUCGAUAUUCUACUAG